UCAUCUUGGUCCCAGUAACCAAAAUAGUUGAAUUGCGGUAAAACUGAUGAACGUGAUUGCGUAGUAGGUUUCUACGCAACGUGUCCCUGUUCAGUUGACUGGGAAGCCCCUAGCGCGGAGCUGCCAACGCCCGGCGUACAAACACAAACAGAGGAUACGAUCUUGAAUGAGUAGACUGUAGAACACAGCUAUGCAGACCAUCAAAUGUGUUGUCGUUGGGGAUGGAGCUGUGGGUAAAACCUGCCUGCUCAUCUCUUACACAACAAAUAAGUUUCCCUCUGAAUAUGUACCUACGGUAUUUGAUAACUAUGCCGUAACUGUAAUGAUUGGAGGUGAGCCCUACACUCUGGGCUUGUUUGAUACAGCAGGACAGGAAGACUACGACCGGUUACGACCCCUGAGUUAUCCCCAGACAGACGUUUUCCUUGUCUGUUUCUCUGUCGUGUCCCCCUCAUCAUUUGAAAAUGUCAAAGAAAAGUGGGUUCCAGAGAUUACUCAUCACUGUCCAAAGACCCCUUUCCUGCUAGUUGGAACUCAGAUUGACUUGCGUGAUGAUCCCUCCACUAUAGAAAAGCUGGCAAAGAACAAGCAAAAGCCCAUCACUCCAGAAACAGCCGAGAAGCUUGCAAGAGAUCUCAAGGCUGUGAAAUACGUGGAAUGCUCAGCCCUGACACAGAAAGGCCUAAAGAAUGUGUUUGAUGAGGCGAUAUUGGCUGCAUUGGAGCCACCAGAGCCCAAGAAGAAACGCAAAUGUGUGCUGCUAUGAGAUCCUCCUGCCCAUUUCAAAAGUUCACACACACACACACACACACACACACACACACACACACACACACACACACACACACACACACACCCUACACCCCUUUCCUGCUCGGCUAAGGCUGGUUGACAGGCUUGUUCUCCAAUGGGAGUACUGGAAAGAAUACAGCCGACCAAGUGUCAGAGAAAGCUCUGCAAUAAUGAGAAGCUUCACCCCCAAGUAUGGGUUGAACCUAACCUGGUCAGCAGCUGCUGGGGCCGCAUGGCACAGCCUUUGCCGAACUAGAAACUCAGCAGCAGGAACGUUUGUUGAGCUUUUAGACUGAUUUCAAAGUCAGACUGUGCUGUGACCUAACAACCAAUGUGAAAGUUUCAUGAGUAGAAGGCCUGGCACAGCCCCGUUCAGCUGCUUGAUUGGUGACUGCUCAUGCUGCCGGUCUGUCCCUGUGUCCGCGAGCACACACACCCUGUCCCCAGCACUAACAGAAGUAGUGUUGUUCUGUUUUUGUUUGCCAACACCCAUUUUCUCCUGAAACACAUGACAAAAUAUUUAUUCCAUGUUCAGAUAGAUGUGCUUUCAACCACUACAGACUGCGUAGGUCUGUCUGGCAAUACAGCUGUAAAACCACAGCGUUGGAAACAUUGCCAUCUAGUGUCCAGUGCUCUUAGAGCUGCCCGUUCUGGAGCUGAGGGCAUCUACAGUAGUAGUAACCAGAGAAAUUGGCCUUUUAGAAGCAGAACUUAAACAGUGUUAGCAGAACAAGCGGCGCGUUCUUCACACGUCGUCGGAGACCAAUGACGGACACGAACAGGCACAGCUUCCUCCGUGUUUAGACAGCUCCUAGUUCCAUCUGAUGUUGGUGCCUUCCUACUGCAGGUUGUGUCCGAGGCCUGAAGAGCUGUGUGGUCUGUUGUACCCGUUCAGACUGUGCAGUGUGUCGCUGAGCCUUGGUCUCUGUUCUAAAUGAUGAGUUGAACAGAUGUUAUUAUGUAAUGUAAGCUGGCACACAAUGUCCAUGUAGGCUCCAGGUGUUUUUACCAAAAUCUUUUAUUUUAGUCUUUUUAGUUCGCUCCUUUUCCAUUUAGGGGUCAGAACUCAUCUAGAUUCCAGCCUUCCAUUUAAUACUUGAUUGGUUUUAUCAAAUGAAAAGCUCCACUCUGUUUGGUAAAGAUUAUUUGUGAUUGGUUGGAUCUAGUUUUUCUUUUCUUUUGGCUUAGAGUUGGCUCGACACCCAGCCCAAGUCAGUAUAAUUAUUAUAACCUGUCGAUGUUUUGGUGCAACACCAAAUGCUUUGUCUGAAGUCUUUGUUCUUUGUAUAUGCAUUCUUUUCAAAAAUAUUAAACUUAUACCUUAAUUGCCUUUA